UCCACCCCCGCUCGCUCUUGGAAGAUGGUACAAUCCACCCUUUCGCGCUUAAUUUAGUUAGUUAACCUAGCUAAACGAGUUGUGGAUUCGCGGCUAAUGGGCUAAAGUUUAGCCGCUAAACUACAUUUAAAAAAACAGGCUGGUGUUGCAUUAUGAUUCCCAUCUAGAAAUAGGUUUAGCCGAAUUAAGCUUUGGGACCAGUAUUUUUUUUUUAUAUCAAGGGCUGUAAAUGCUGAAAAUACAAAAACACCUGGUAGUUUGCACAUGCCCAGGCAGGAGCCGGAGGCGUUCAUUGUAGGCCCCCCAUCUAUCAAGCUUUACAAAACUGACAUGAAAUGUGAAUGCAUUUUAUCUAGCAAUGCUCUGUUCUCACUCUGUAGUGGCACUGCAUGGUUUCAGUAUAUCUCAUUUAUAAAUGCUGUGAAAUUCACUCACGGCUCUUGAAGUAAAAGUAGCAAGAAUUAGUAAAAUGUCCAAACAGUACUUAUUGUACAAGGGGUGUUGGCAAAAUAUCCUUACCUACUAUGUGCAAAUAUGAAGGAAUUCAAUGAUAACCUCUGUUUCUUGGCCCUGACUGUCACUUUUCUAUAUUCCAGCUGCUAAUAUUGGAGAAGACUUAUUCUUCUCACUUUCCCGAGAAGACAUCAAAGACCUCUUUCCUGGUCCUGAAAAUUUCUUGAGGCGCCGGGCUGUAUGGUUUCUUGUGAAAAAGAUGAAAAGGUGGAUACUGCUCCUGAAAUUCAGCAAUCACCCCCCACUGGAGGCAGUGACCUUUCAAAAGAGGAGGCCAAUACUUCUAAAUUUGUGGCUAUGUCCAACCCAGAAUACAUAGUCUUCACAGACAGUGAGCUUGACCAGGUCCAGCGACGCUCCUACUUUGAGCAGAAAUGGCUGGGGACUGAGCACAAUGUGACCUUAUCCAAGGAGCUCUUCUGCCGACUCAUAAGAAACACUAUGACUAAUCUGAUCUCCAUCGCAAGAGCCACAGAGGACUCCAGAUACCCCACCACACAUGAGGUGAAUGCCAUGGCAAAGCGAUUGGUGGAGUACUAUCCAAUGAUAAAAGACAGGUCAUCAAACAGUGAGUGGGAGCAUGUUGCCAAAAAGCUCAGGAAGAGACUCUCAAAUGUCAGAAGUCCAAGGAAGGCCAAAGGUCCUCCUUCAAAGAAACCACUACAAGAAGUCAGUUCAGAUGUUUCAACUACUGACUAUGAUGGAGAUUCCAGUGCACCCACCAUUAUUCUGGAACAGUCAGCUGUUAGUCCCAUGGGCAUGUCAGUAGAUCUGUCACCCAGAACCAGCACCCCAGCACAGAACCGGGACAGCAGUAAUGAAGAAUCUUUUUCAGUUGAUGUCAUGGACAGCCAGAAAAUCCAAGCAAGACACUACAAGACCCUCCAAGAAAUGUACGUCAAAAAGUCAAACAAAGCUGCGGUGACUCAUUUGCUGAACCUGGAAUUUGACUCUCGAAGACGCUUCAUCACCUCUGAUGUUUUAAAGGAGCAAGACAGAGCAGCAAAGAUUCUAGAAGCUUACCCUUGUUUCAGAGAACCGGAUCAUGUGCUGGAUGAGCUGUAGCGAAUCCUCCAACCAACCAACUCCCAGUACAUCUCAGAGGUGCAGAACAGAUGGAAAACUUUCUAUUCCAAGGUCCAAUUUUAUGGAAUGAUGAAGAAGGCCAUGAAGCCUCCUAAAACUUUGAAGGGAGGUGAAGUCACAAAACAUUGACUUGUUAAUUUUAUAUAAUAAUGUCUUGUAAUCAUUUAUGUAAUGUCAGUGUUUCCUCUAGGAUUUUUUUCAGCAGUGGGGGCAUGCUACUGGGGGGGAGUGUCAGUGGCAAAGUUUGCACCCAGGCUCAUCUCUCUCCCCUGCACCUUCACCCAGCUCUCUGCUCUGCUCUCCUCCACUUUGUUUAACAACUCCUCCCUGUCUAAUAUUACUUGUCUAAUAAGAUUACAUUAAAAGUGUGAGUAACGUAACGCUAACAGCGUUAUAUAAUUUACACUCACAUCACAUCUGAUUACAAGUGUGAACAUUAAAAUACUAUUUUUUACCUAACCAUCAUCAUUUACGAGUCAGUAAAAGGCUUAUGAUGCUACCUGACUAGCGUCUUCUUCAUCUGUUGUCUUUCUCUUCUUAGAGAAGUAUCUGAACAAGCUCAUCUGAAAAUGCCGUCAGCAGUUAAUACAUAAUGACGUGUAGAUAUUAGCUUAAUGCUAUCAGUUAGUUUACCCAAGUUAGCGUCACUGAGUUGGCUAAUAAGUCUACCUUUUUUCUCCGGUAAUUCGCUGCCUUAUUCCUCACGACUUCACUUCUCUGACUCUCACCUGGUGCCUGACGUGAAGUCACUUUCAAGGCCGCGCUCUCGCGAGUAAUUAACUCCCUCCCUCCCCUCUCCUCCCCUCCCCCCGCUGUUGCGCUCAUCAUCACACAGGCUGUGCUGUGAAGGUGGAGAGAUGUGGCGGUGGUGCAUUUGCGACAAUAAAAAAAAAUAAAACUAAAAGAAAUUUGAAGGCGUGGUGGCCCGCCACUGAUAAAUGAAUGUAGAGGAAACACUGAAUGUUAUGUUACAGUUAUUUAUGGUAUCACCUUGUUUUGUGCUUUUUUCAUUAAACCAGUGGAGCAUAUCACAGCUGUCUUCAGGGCCCUGCCACUUCUCUUUCCAUCCAGCACUAUGCCACCGAAGAAACUGGGCUCAAGCAGCGAGGCUCUUUUCCAUAUCCUUGCGACUUCUGAGGAUCCUGAUGGUUUCAUGCGGCAGCGACCCCUGUCUUCUCCGGUUCUGCUAGUUUCUGAGGACAACUGCAUGAUCGCCAUUGGAAACACACCAGUGACCACCUUCGCCAUGGACAGACUUAAUGAGGGACUUCUCUACCUCAUGGCAUAUUACUAUGCCCUGCACAUGACCUACCCAAAGUGCAUUUCUACACUACUGUCAGUACUGCAGACAGAGGUACUUCAAGAUUCAAUUCAUGAGCAGGAUUUGACCCCCCAUUACAAAAAAGCGAUUGGUGAGUGGAAGUCAUUCAUUGAGUGAGUCCCUUUGUUUGUCCCUCUGCCCCACUCUGAUGUAACAAUUUCAAAGAAAGUUGAUGUUCUGUUUAAAAAAAUGUUCAUCACAGUUAGAUACAUUGUUGGUGAGAUUGAAAACCUUUCCUGUGGGAUAUUAUGCUGCAAAGCAGAUGCAACAUGUUUAGUUGCUAUGGUAUGCUGCUACAAUAGCUGAUGUAUUAUUAUUUUGAUAGUGAGGUUCAAAUCAAAACUGACUUUUCAAUCUGUUUGAUUAUGAUGGAUCUGGAACAUGUAAGUGCUCCUUUUUUGGAUGUUGAUUGUGAACAUUUGUAUUGCAAAGUUAAUAAAAAAAAAUUA